AACACUGGAGAAGAAAAAACCGCUGCUCGCCUGAACAGCUUUAGCCCCUUGGUUUAUAAAAAAUAAGAGCACGUUAUUGUGUCUGGCUCUGAGGAUUUAAAACCCUGAGGUGUGUGAAGACAUGAACACAGAGACAUCCAAAGAUGGAGGGACGUCAGAAGUCCGUGUGAAGAAAGAGGAGACGCUGGAGCUGAAUAUCUCCAACCAUGGAGACGACCUUGACAACCCACCUGAAUGUCUUUCCAUUAACAUGGAAGAUCAUGACAAUAAAGACCACCUCUACUGUGAAGUUUGCAAAUCCUUCUUCUUCAACAAAUGUGAGGUUCAUGGACCGCCCCUCUUCAUCUCAGAUACUCCUGUUCCCAUGGGAGUCUCUGACCGAGCCAGACGAACUCUUCCUCCUGGGCUAGAAAUCAAGAAGUCCAGUAUUCCUGACGCAGGCCUGGGAGUGUUUAAUAAGGGGGAGACGAUUCCAGUAGGUGCACACUUUGGACCCUACCAGGGAGAGCUGGUAAACCGAGAGGAAGCCAGGAAAAGUGGAGACUCCUGGGUUAUAUACAGGAGCAUGCAGUGUGAAAAAUACAUCGACACCAAAAGAGAGAUGCAUGUGAAUUGGAUGAGGUAUGUGAAUUGUGCCCAUAAUAAUAAAGAACAGAAUAUUGUGGCAUUUCAGUAUCAAGGGGGAAUUCUGUAUCGUUGCUGUCGACCCAUUAACCCAGGACAGGAGCUCUUGGUGUGGUAUGAAGAGGAGGGCACCAAAGAACUCAGUCCUGCACCUACAGGAACAACCAGACAGAAAGAAGUAAAGAACACUUUGCUGCAAGUCUUUUCCUGCUCCACAUGUCCUCGUUCCUGUGCAUCUCAAAUUUACCUUGACCAGCGCAUCCAGAGAUACCACGAUGAAGAGUCUGUGAGACUUCAGGAAUCAAGAGAGAUUAAAUAUGAACUUCAAAUCCCCUCCAAAUGCUCCAGUAGUCAGCCAACAUCAACUGAUGCUUUCAGUUCUGACACUUCUCAUAAUGAUGUAGAGAAGGAAAUUCACCACAGCUCAGACUGUGGAAAAAGUUUUGGUCAUCAGAAUGCACUCAGAUGGAACCAGUGCAGUCACAAAGGAGUAAAGCCACAUGACUGCUCACAGUGUGGGAAGAGUUUUACUGAACAGAGUGCUCUCCAACGACACCAGCACGUUAACACAGGAGAGAAGCCGUAUCACUGCUCACAGUGUGGGAAGAGUUUUACUCGUAAGAGUCAUCUCCAACAACACCAGCGCAUUCACACAGGAGAGAAGCCGUAUCACUGCUCACAGUGUGGGAAGAGUUUUACUAAUCAGACUGCUCUCCAAACACACCAGAGCAUUCACACAGGAGAGAAGCCGUAUCACUGCUCACAGUGUGGGAAGAGUUUUACUCAGCAGAGUACUCUCCAAAUACACCAGCGCAUUCACACAGGAGAGAAGCCGUAUCACUGCUCACAGUGUGGAAAGAGUUUUACUCAUCAGAGUCAUCUCCAAAUACACCAGCGCAUUCACACAGGAGAGAAGCCGUAUCACUGCUCACAGUGUGGGAAGAGUUUUACUCAGCAGAGUGCUCUCCAAAUACACCAGCGCAUUCACACAGGAGAGAAGCCGUAUCGCUGCUCACAGUGUGGGAAGAGUUUUACUCAUCAGAGUGCUCUCCAAAAACACCAGAGCAUUCACACAGGAGAGAAGCCGUAUCACUGCUCACAGUGUGGGAAGAGUUUUACUCAUCAAAGUGCUCUCCAAAUACACCAGCGCAUUCACACAGGAGAGAAACCGUAUCACUGCUCACAGUGUGGGAAGAGUUUUACUCAGCAGAGUACUCUCCAACAACACCAGCGCAUUCACACAGGAGAGAAGCCGUAUCACUGCUCACAGUGUGGAAAGAGUUUUACUCAUCAGAGAGAUCUCCAACGACACCAACGCAUUCAUACAGGAGAGAGGCCGUAUCACUGCUCACAGUGUGGGAAGAGUUUUACUCGUCAGAGUCAUCUCCAACGACACCAACGCAUUCACACAGGAGAGAAGCCGUAUCACUGCUCACAGUGUGGGAAGAGUUUUACUCAUCAGAGUGAUCUCCAACGACACCAGCGCAUUCACACAGGAGAGAAGCCGUAUCACUGCUCACAGUGUGGGAAGAGUUUUACUCAUCAGAGUGAUCUCCAAAAACACCAGCGCAUUCACACAGGAGAGAAGCCGUAUCACUGCUCACAGUGUGGAAAGAGUUUUACUUGUCAGAGUGAUCUCCAAAAACACCAGCGCAUUCACACAGGAGUGAAGCCAUAUCACUGCUCACAGUGUGAGAAGAGUUUUACUCAUCAGAGUGCUCUCCAAACACACCAGCGCAUUCACACAGGAGUGAAGCCGUAUCACUGCUCCCAGUGUGGGAAGAGUUUUACUCAGCAGAGUAAUCUCCAACUACACCAGCGCAUUCACACAGGAGAGAAGCCAUAUCACUGCUCACAGUGUGGGAAGAGUUUUACUUAUUCAGGUACAUUUAAAACCCACAAGUGCAAUAACUCCGAGACAUUGCAUGCUUUAAAGUUGUCAAAUUAAAUGGUUUUUAUUCAUGCUUUUGCUGAAAAUGUCCUGUACUUUGAUCCUAAUUGUUCAUAUUAAAGGACUACAUAUUUUAAAACAAUCUUAGUGAUUUUUAAACAAGACUGUUAAUGUUUUCUUUUGAUCUUAUGUAGUUAUUAAGUAGUCAUUAAUUACCACCAUAUAAAUAAUGAUUCAACUGUAACACUAUUAUCAGUGUAGUACUGUAGCAUGAGACUAAUUCUUCAUAGAAUUAUUACGGAGCAGGAGUUUAAUGUCCUAUGUUUAACGGAAAUGUGGAUCAAACCAAAUGAGUAUGUCGCAUUUAAAUGAAGCUAUAUGCUUCAUUCUCAGCUAUAUGUAUCAGCUUCGUCUAACUGGAAGUGGACAAGGCGUCAUAGUUAUUUGUUAUGAUAACGUAGACAUCAUACAAAAACCUGAACAAAAUUUCAAUAUGAUUGAAGUUCUUUAUAUUAACAUACAUAGCAAAAAAAUAAGUCUACCCAGUCAGUUCAGCUAAUUAUUUACAGAUCUGUGGUCUGUGUUCUGAAUUUCUUUCUGAAUUUGCGGAUUUCAUCUCAAACUGGUUGUUUCUUUGGACAAAAAAUUAAUUAUUGUCGACUUUAAUAUUCACUUCAUGUUAGGUUUUAUUCCUUUGUAGGAUAGAUUCUGUUCGGUUGAAAUGGCCUUCUGUCUCAGCUAGACAUUGUUUAAGAACAUUUUGCUUGUUUUGAUGUGGGAUGUGUAUUGUUGAUCAGAGAUGUGUCUGGAUAGCGCCAAGGUCUGCAAUGAUGUCAGACCCACUCACACACACUCGCAGCUGCAUAGCCAACGUGUAUUUGGGAUUAAAAGUUAAAUUUAAAGCCAUGAUAUAAGUUAGUUUUAUAGCUAGGAUUGUGAUUUUAAGAUUGGUAGAGUUAACCAGUUUCUUUAAUGUUGAAUCUGAAGUUGAAAUGAUUGAAUGUUGGAUUUAAUGUUAGUUUUAAAGCUGCAUUAAGUGAUUCAUGUUAGUUUUAUAGUUUUAAGUUAGUUUUAUAAUUACAGAAUAUAAUUUAGGAUUGUUAAGACUUUGAUUCGAAUGUUAACUUUGAGUUUAAUCCUGAAUCCUGUUUGACCUUCCUCCGGUGAAGUAGCAUUUCUUUGUUUUUGCCAGACAUAUUCUUAUUUUUUCUUAUGUUUCGUAUGACUUUCUUUGUUUAAGUUUAUUCUUAUUUUUGUUUAUUUUCUUCUAACAUAUCUUUGUUUAAAAUUGUUAGACAUAUUCUUAUUUAUUUUGCUUAUGAUUGUCUUACUACAUAUUGAUGAAAUCAAGAUGUAAUUUGCUGACUUAGCACAAGACACAUUCAUGUGUUAAGAAUUUAUGAUUUUAAUAUUUUAGCUUUUCAUCCUUUAGCUUUUAGAUCCUUUAAACUAUUUCUGUUUAACUUGGUAUUAAUUUCUGAUGUAUUUGACCUUCUUUGACUAGACUUCGUAGACUAGAUAUAUUAUCUGUGUUUAAAAAUUCCAUCACCAUCUUAAGUACAUAUUGCCCUAUGUUAUAUCUGACCUGAAGGGGUGUAUGUACGCAAUGACCUUUAAAAUCUGUUUGUACCUUGCUAUCAUGUCAUAUCAUCAGAAAUAUGUCAUUAUGUUAUGCUUGAUUCAAGAUUUAUCCACACACUGAUGUAACCUGCCCCAGAUCAAGGUCCCCUCAAUUGCACGCAAUUGAGGAGACAAACAUAGCUGAUUUCAUAGUCUGACAUCCUACACACAGACAUUUCUACGCCACAUUCCUACACGUAACUAACACACACACACACACACACAUAUACAUUACACAUACAUACACACACACAACAUACACAUAUUUACGUACAUGUAGACAAAACAUAAGCAGAGAUAAAUGGAUGCUAUAAAAUGUUUUCAAAAAUGCUUUCAUUUCGACGAAGGAACUGUGAAUAAACUGGCUAUGAAACCUA